UUUCAUACGUGGAUGUUGGGGGAUGGGCCCCAGACUGUCCGCAUUUAGGCGCGCGCGGCUCAGCCAGCGGUUGCUGUGUCCCGUAGCGCGGCUGACAGUAGUUAGUUACGCGCCUCGAGCUGAGUUCUCCCACACCUUGAAGUGCACCACGCCAGGCUUGUCCGGGUUGGUGAGAAGAAGCUCUGCGAGCAUCAGACCAAGGGCCACACACAAAGAGGGGCUCUUACUAUCUGCAGCUGUUAUGCUAUAUACUAUGGGUUCGUCUACUCAGGUCAAAGACUCCCGAGUGGGGCCCAUAUAGAAGGGAAAUGAAAAAAAUAAUAUUUUAUGUUGCGGCUGGCUCUCCAUGGCAGAACCCAGAAUUCUGGUACACUUGAACCUUCCCUUAACCCGUUUGCUGGCUGCGGCGGAUUUUGUUACCUGGAGCGUUUUGAAAACAAUUUUCUUAUUUCUUUCUCUUUUUCGCCUCCCAACUUCACUUUUCUCUCGAAGUUAGCACCUCACCUGGCUCUGAAUCACCUUUCCCCCCCCGGCCACACAACUCAGUUAGAUACGUAUAUAGGGCAAAGGGACCGGCCCUUGAUACCUACACGCGAUUUUUUCAGCCUUUUUCUUUUUUCCUCCUUAUUCUUAUUCUUUUCUUUUUUUUCUUUUUCCUUCUCUUUUCUUUUCUUUUCUUUCCCUUUUCUCUCUCUGUUUGUGUACCCCCCCCCCCCCAUUGAAAAAAAAGUUAUGCCUAUUGCACCAUAUCUUUCGUAACAAGAAAUCAUAUCGAAUGAGAAGGCGGAAGAAGAAAACCAUGUUCAAGCGGAUUAUCUUCACGACAGUCACACCUCUCCCUCCCCAUAUCCCGCGAAAUAUCGUCAUCGAAACCCUACACGCCCACAAUGAGAUGAUAGAGCUGAACCCCCUUGUGAUCAGACAUGGACGCUGCAAAGCACCCCCUAACGCCCCUCCCGACGAGUUCCAUUGCACCUGGUAUCAAUUGACCGACAAAAUCCACUACCUACCCGGCGGCAUAAUAAGAGGCAACGUCACCUACAAAGCUUGCUUCCACGACCUACCACGCGGCCUGCAAACACACAUCUAUGCGCCCACGGGCCUAGAUAUACGGAAUCGAUGGGCUGUUUGUGGCAACAUGCCAGGGGAACCGCGCGAGCCUGUGGAAUUGGGUCUAACAAACGUUCCGCGUGAAGGGCUAUUUCUCAGAGAAGACGUCGAUAUGCGCUGCAAUAUCUUCGCAGCUAGCUUCGUCAAGAAGACGCUGAAGGAAGCACAUGCGGUGCUGGUUGAACGGCUGAUCAUGAAAGCAGACCUGCUAAAGGGGAACUCCGAUACGUUGUACUCGCCUCUCCCUUCGCCACAACAACAACAUUCGCUCUAUCUAAACCAAAUUUGUUCGUCCGCCGAUGGCUCACACACGUCUGCCCCGUGCCUGUCGUUAUGUCCCAGCCCCGUAUGUCCACAGCCAUCCAUGAGUGUGGCCGGCGCAACUACUCCUACAGCCGCCUACCCCAGCCCCGCCUUCCCCCCUGUCCGCCCGGCAACAGCUAUCGACACCAGUCCGUCACUGGGAUACUUUGGCGGCGGACCCGUUCAUUAUCCUACCUCCCCACUACUUACGUACUAUCCACAUAGCCCCGUCUCACCGAUUCAAGUGGGGUGCCACCCGUUUGACCAGGGGUUGGCUUCAACGCAACCCGUAGAGCUAGACUCGGCGGAGUUGCAGCCCGCGAGAGCAAAAGCAUACGCUGCUGCUACUGCUGCUGCUGCUACUGCUGCUAGACGGGCGGCUGACAGCAAUUUCAUCAUGGUAACGCCACCAUCGCCUCCGCCUCAUAUACAUGAAUUGGAGUGACAGGGCGUUACAAAUGUAUCGUCUGCUUUCAUUUAAAAAACUGCAGUUGGCUGUCCUAAUUUAUUUUCAAUGGUAUGUCGGUUCAAGGUAAAUAAUAGAGUUGUCUUUUUAGGUAGGAACAGUAGGUCACUGGUCUUUCGAUUCCUUAACUUUUUAUUUUUAAUUCUUUUCAAUUGUUAUUUUUUUUUUUUUUUUUUCUGGACCGAAACGGAUGAUUUUCCAUUUCCUGUCUGGCAUCUCCGUGUAAUAAUAACAUUUAGAGGCGACGCAAAUGCAUCUUCUCAGGAGUGUUAGGAGUUUUUAUGAUUUGGUAUUGGCUUAACUUAAUACUUAAUUCUUUAGAUUUGUUUUGUACACAGGGAAUUUCACUAAACCGUCACUCAACCUACCCAUUUUCUAUUCAGAUGCUAUCCGCUUUUCUCAUUCCCAGUAUGAAACUGAUACAUAUUCAUACUUUCACUGUGCACAGGUAGGCAUUCAUUUCAUUCUUCCUCCAUGUCCCAGGGAUCCAUAUUUCUCUUCCUCCUGCACAUUUACCAAAAAGAACUCCUCAACCUCCCUUUUCCCAUCACCCUAACACCAAGCGAGAGCUCCAGCCUGCAAGCCAGAGCAGACGAUGAAUAUCUAGAAGUUGUUGCUCCUCACCAAGAUAGAUAUCGUCAACAUCAUGCUGCUUCUCAUUUACAACAGCCAUCCAUCGGAAAUUCAAUUGAAUGAAGAACGGACUCGGCGAAGAGCGGGCCCCUCGCGCGGGACUCACAUGCGGAGCAUAACAAGAUACCGCCGCGACUAACUAUCCAGAUUUUAAGAUAGGAAUGCAUACCCACCACACCCUGCCAAAAGGUUCAAUGGCGGCACCACCGACCACCCUAUCUAUAUAAAAUAAACGAAUCACUCCACCUCCCAUUCUCACAAAUCCCCAAAACACCUCCGAAACCCUGUCAUCCAUUUCUCCCACAUAGACUCCUCCGCUUGACACCUACCCACACCGACUCCCAUACCCACGCGCAUACCACCAACCCCAGCCCCAACCCCAGUCGCAUUCCCCCAUCCCCUCCCCUCCCCCUCAAUGCCGCCUUCAAUCUCAAUCUCAUCCCCAUCCACCUCCUCCACCUCGUCCCGCUCCCACUCACUAUCCACUUCUUCUUCUUCUUCUUCUUCUUCUUCUUCUCCUUCUCCAUCAGAAACGAUAAGUACCUCUCCUCCUCCCUCCUCGCCCUCAUCGUACUCAUACAAGUAGUCAAAGCCAAAGUCAAGCUCAGCGUCAUCAUAUCCAUACUCAUCUCCUCUCUCCUCUUGCCCAACCCCAUCCCCAACCGCGGCCCCAUUCUCUGCAUCCCACACCUCAAAUGCCCUACUUACUUGCUUAUACAGCGCAGACGCGGUGAAGGCUGCAACGUCCCAUGUCUCGCAACGGUAUUGCUGCAUCGCCUUAGUCAGAAGCCAAUUUAAAAGGCGUAGUAGCAGUAGCGGUAGCGGUAGCGGUAGCGGUAGCGGGAGUUAUUGUUGUGGUUGCAGGUACAUACGCCCCGGCCUCCUCCGUCGUUCUGAUGACCUCGACAAAGGCGCCCGCAUCGAUAGUCACGCACUUACCAGUCGAGAGACAGAUGGUGAUGCACACAGGGACCAGCCGUUUAAAGGGCGCCGACUCGAAUUGGCGCAGAUAGGCGCGUUGGAGGUCUGUUAGGUUGAAGACUGCCAGGCCGGUGACGGUGGUUAGGGUGCCGGUGGGGCUGGGGGUGGGGGUGAGGGUUCCAGCGCAGCAGCGCUGCACGGGUACGAUGUACGGCAUAUCAGGGGCUGCUGCUGCUGUUGAGUUUGAGAGGGGCCGCACACAAUAGAGGGUGUGGGCGUGUAGGGUUGCUGCGGCCAUGUCUUGGGCUACGUCGAGGGCUGGGUGAGCGGAGAUGAUGUGCUUUAGCACGUUGGGGAUCAUGGCGGGUCCGAUGAGAAAGAUCGGGGGCCCAUUUUGAAGGCUACGGGAGAGCUUUUUGGGGGUGAACCUGUUGGCUAUGGCCCGUAGGUAGGAGGGUGGGCAGGGGGUGGUAUCUGGAUGGGAUAUUGGGCGUGGAAGAUGGGCGAUAACUUCCUCUAUGGUGUAAUCAUUUUCUUCAUCUGGUGAUGCCAUGGGUUUUCUUGUGGGGAGUUGGCGAAAAGAAAGAUGACAUCUGGGCAGAGGUAGUUCAUGUUCAAUCUCCCGUGAAGGAUCCUUGAGGAUUAAUCCGUUAUAUAUAUGCUAAUAGAAACAUGAAUAGAUAGGGGAAAGUCGUGCGGGUGAAGGAAGCAAUUAGAAGAAAAGAAAUCGUAGAGAAAACCGACGACGAUGAUAACACAUCCUUCAUCGUCGAAGGCUUAGCCCGUUUUCCUCUUCGAGUUUGUCUUUUUCUUCCUUUUCCUUCUAGUUCAACCGAGUCCUUCCAGCUGCAGUUGGUAUGAAGCAAACAACAAAUGAUACAUCGUGACAGAAUCAUGCAUUCCAUCACAAUGAUCCGGGAUGCGUUCCCCGUGCGAAGGACUGCGCAGAGCAACUCCAUACCUUCACCCCUGAGCCGUCAUAUGCGUUUGCGUUUCUCCGCCAUCCUCAUAGCUCCGGAAGUAAAGUUUGCAGCGUUAGGGGAAACCCUGACGCAAUGCGGUGAAUUUAUACGAGAGUCAUAUUGAAACAUCGUUCUUGAGGGUAUCUAUGCCCCGACUCCGUGCCGUAGAAGACAGAUAUAAAAUUGGAGAAACAUAUCAAAUCAUUAGCUCUCUCAUCAGCAGAUAUCCCCUGGAGAGAGCGGAUUCGGGAACAUGAUUUAGAAGUUAUGACUAUAUCAUAAAAACAAUUUCAAAUCAAGAACUAUGUUGUCGAUCUUGGAUAUAUAACCGUGAAUCUUAGUCCACAGGUUGUUUGCAAGUUGGUGUUAAAAGUUAUAACCGUGCCAUCUACACUCACUUUCACUUACCUCCCAUUCGAAAUCAUUUCAAGAUUCAUUUGAUCAUUAUAAAUCUGACUAUUUUUAAGUCUUUUCAGUGCAGCUUGACUGUCUGAAAAUAUUCAUAUCUCUUUUACAUCAGCUCUUUUAUAAGAUUUCAUCUCAAUCAAUUUGAAAGCUUUCAUUAUUGCAGAUAAUUCAGCAUCAAAAACCUCAGAUUCACUGUCUAAAUUUCAUGAAUCUGGAGUAAACUUGAUAUUAUGAUAUUACAGUAUAAAC